AUGUCCACCACCUCCCCCCCACCCUCACCACCCUCCUCCCGCCCCUCGCCCUCAGCUUCCACCAGCUCCUCAAACGAUGACCAACUUCAAACACCCCGCGCAUCCACACAUCCAACUACGAUUGCCCUGGCGGAAGACUACUUCGCUCCCCCGCUUCCCCCGCGCCCAUCUCUCGAAGUAAAUACAUCCAAUGUCCUCCUCUCGAUCCAGUCCGCCACCUCCAGCGGUGCCAGCACACCGGGCCUCCAAGCGAAACCUACCACCGCAAUCUCGCUUCCGGAGGGGGUACACGCGCAGCAACAGGAUGCUGUGGUUAAUGGGAGCGGAAGCAUUACGGGGGCACCAUCUUUUAGCGAUUCAGUUAGCGUGAAUAGUUUGGUGCCGACGCUAAGCGCUGGGGAUAAUGACGUUGAGAGUAUGUUGGGAGAGAUAUUGGAGGAGGAGGGGGGGUUUUUGAAGGCGAGGAGGGAUAUCAUUAAUAUUGGAGGUGGCGGCGCAGGCAUUGAGGAGGUGGAGUUUUGGGAUGAGGGGUGGGAUGGGAGUAGCGAUGAUGAGGGGCUGGGGGAAGGUUGGUUGCUUCAUUUUACGGACCGAGGUGGCUGGGUUAUUUCGGGACUUGAGCUGACUUUUGGAAGAGGAGUUGGUGGCUAGGUGGAGGGCUAGACGGAAACACUUUUUCAUCUUGUCCAGCGCCGGAAAGCCAAUUUAUAGUCGACAUGGAGAUGAAUCAGUGCUGUCGGGGUAUAUGGGGGUUAUCCAAGCUAUUAUCUCGUUCUUUCAGGAUGACAAUGAUACCCUCAAGAGUUUUAGCGCUGGGAAACACAGGUUUGCAAUUGCUGCGUCGGGGCCUUUGUACCUCGUUGCAAUAUCUUCAAUGGGGGAGUCGGACUCUCAGGUACGCUCAAAUGCUUGGGCUGGGGUGUUCGUGGCUGAUAGUAGCUAGCUACGCUCCCAACUCGACGCACUAUACACACAAGUCCUCUCGACCCUCACCCUUUCCCAGCUGAACAAGAUCUUUGCUCAACGUGAGAACUUUGAUCUCCGCCGUCUCCUCGGCGGCACGGAAGUCUUCCUCGAUGGACUCAGCGACGCAAUGACACUCGGAUCCCCGCAGGUCCUCUUAUCAGCCCUGGAAUGCGUUAAAAUGCGAAAGUCACAUCGUGAGAAGAUAAAUUCCAUCCUACUCAAACACCGCUCUCCGAGUCUCCUAUACGGCCUCGUAAUUGCGGAUGGCAGAAUGGUCUCGGUAUUACGGCCAAAGAGGCACUCGCUGCACCCCCCGGACUUGCAAUUGCUUUUUUCGAUGCUAUUCAAUGCUACCACCUUCCGUGACGGUGGGGAGCACUGGACACCUAUUUGUUUGCCAAAGUUCAAUAGCAAGGGGUUUUUGCACGCCUACAUACAUUUUUUCAGGAAGGAGGUGGCGGUGGUGCUCAUUAGUGCUAAUAAAGAUGCAUUCUUUGAAAUGAGGGAGAUGAAGGAGGUUGUUGUUGAGGUAUAUAUACACCCCUCUCCUCCGUUAUCGCUGAGGCGAGUUCUAACACUAUCGAACAGCAACUCGAAAAGGCCGGUAGUAUAAAGAUCAUCGAAGCAGCGGUCAGCAAUGGCCGCUACACAGCAACCGACGUCCUCUCCCCAGGAACACCUAUCCGGCACUUCCUCUACAGAUCCAAAAAUAACGUCCAAUUCACCAUGCCUUCUUUUGAACCGCAUUUUUAUACCAUCAUCGCUCGGCGCAGACUCAUGAAUCUUUACCAGCGCCUUCACGCCGCGGUCCAUGCCAAAAACGCACUCUUGAAGGUUCACCAUUGCAUACGUAGUUCCUCGGUGUCGCUGUCGUGGGUUACGCCCAUGUUUGAAUUGUACUGCGUUGCAGUGGCUGGCACGAACCGUGCUACUUUAGUGAAGAGUGCUACCGCGAUUGCAGCUUGGGUUAAAAGAGAGGAGGAGAGGUUGUUUAUUGGUGGGGUGGUGAGCUCCCCCUUCGUUCAUGACUUUUAUCAACGGGGAAGUAGGAACUGA